AUGGCUACUGAUUUGGCUGUUGAAGAAGCUGACAUUCGUGAGGAAGAUGUGUUGAAGGAGAAAGAUGCUUUUGAGGAACUUAAGAAGCCGGCAGCGAAGUCGCUGACUGAGACAUUUAAUCAGUUGAUUGAGACUGUUAAUCUAGAGCACACGGUUUGUCCUCUUGGGAACAAAAUCCCUGAAUUCAACGAGUUGGUUUACCAGAACAGAUGGCGUGAGGCAUUGGAUCGACUUCUUGAAACAAAUAACUUCCCAGAGUUCACGGGCCGGGUUUGCCCCGCUCCAUGUGAAGCUGAAUAUGUAACUCUAGAGAUGAUGAUUUCUGAGACAUUUAUUGGUGGAUUAAUUAGGAGAUGUGGCUCAAACAUAUCUCGGAUCAGAACAGAGUCAGGAGCAACUAUCAAGGUUGCUUUGGAAAAGCAGAGAGUUGAUGAGUACAUAUAUACUCAGAUGAUGCAGGAAACUGGUGGUCAGCAGUCCAUGGUUGAUGAAAGCGAAUAG